AAAUCACAUGAUUAUCAGUCUUUUUUUCUGGUUGUCGCGCUGAACGCCAUGUUUCUCUUUCUCUUGUAUGUUUUGUGUGUGUGUGAGAUCUCGCAUGCACACACACACUUGCGCUCUGCAGUGUUUAACCAGAAGACAGGACAAGUGCAGUUAAAGGAGGGCUUCCAAACAGAUCCUGUCGCAUUCGUUAACUUCACUGAUGACAUUGUAAACACAGGGUGGUCAUAUCUGGAAGUCAAAACAAAUGGCAAGUACAACGACACACUGCAGGCUUAUGCUGCUGGUAUUGUGGAGGGUGCAGUCACGUCACAGCUCAUCAAUAAGCAUUGGAUGAACACACUGAUGGGAUAUUGUGAGUCAUUUGACUUGGGAUACUGUCAACGGCUGAAAGAAUACAUUACCAUUAACCUGCAGUGGGUAAACGAGCAAAUCAAGAAAGCUCCAGAGUCACCUUUUUGGCAUCAGGUCCAUUUGUCAUUGCUGCAGCUGAAAGGAUUGGAAGAUGGAUAUAAUGGACAGUAUAGAUUUCCAGAUCCAGUGGUCAACCUGAACCCCUUUGGAUUUCUACUUUUCCAGAUGGGUGGAGACUUGGAGGAUUUGGAGGCCGCACUGAACAAAUCCAGUCAAUCACGUACAGUUGGAUCUGGUUCCUGCUCUGCUCUAAUCAAACUCUUGCCUGGCAACAAGGACCUUCUUGUCUCACAUGACACAUGGAACAACUACCAGUCAAUUCUUAGGAUUAUGAAGAAAUAUGUCUUUUCAUUCCGUACAUCUGUGAAAGAUCAGAUGUUGAUUCCAGGUAACACUCAGGCCUUCUCCUCUUACCCUGGCUCCAUCUUUUCUGGAGAUGAUUUCUAUAUUCUUAGCAGUGGUCUGGUUACACUGGAAACCACAAUUGGUAACAGUAACCCUGACUUGUGGAAGUUUGUAACACCUCAAGGCUCUGUCAUGGAGUGGCUGAGAAACAUUGUGGCAAACAGACUUGCUCGAUCUGGGAAAGAGUGGGCCGACAUUUUCAGUCAGUACAACAGUGGAACGUACAACAACCAGUGGAUGAUAGUUGACUAUAAGAGUUUCACUCCAGGCAGACUCGAGCUGAAGGAAGGGGUGUUAACUGUGCUUGAGCAGAUACCAGGUAUGAUCCGAACUGCUGAUAAAACUGAAGAACUGUAUAACACCAGCUAUUGGGCCAGCUACAAUAUUCCGUAUUUUGAUGAAGUGUUUAAUGCAAGUGGAGGCCCAGAUCUUGUGAAGAAGUAUGGCUCAUGGUUCUCCUUUAACGGCAAUCCAAGAGCUCAGAUAUUCCAGCGCAACGAAUCCCUUGUUACUGACAUGGAAUCCAUGGUACACUUAAUGAGGUACAACAACUUUAAGAACGAUCCUUUGUCGAAGUGUGAUGGCUGCAAUCCAGCCCAUAAUGGCGAGAAUGCAAUCUCUGCACGGUCCGAUCUGAACCCAGCCAAUGGAACAUACCCUUUUGGAGCUCUUAAACAGAGACCUCAUGGUGGAACAGACAUGAAGAUGACAUCCUAUGGCUUAUUUAGGCAGUACGAGCUGUUGGCUGUUAGUGGACCAACAUGCAACCAGCUGCCUGCUUUCGAAUGGAGUACAUCUCCUUACAGCAGUUUGAUGCACAUAGGCCAUCCAGACCGCUGGGAUUUUCCUGUUGUACACGUCAGAUGGUCUGAAUAAGACAUAUUGUAUGUAUUAAUGUCAUAAGCCAACCUCUUUUCAUAUAUCUCAUUAGAAAAAGACAAAAUACCUCUGGAUGAGAAAUGGCAUGCAGUGAUUUUUUUUUUUUUUACUUAUAAAGUUAAAAAACAUUGUGUACUUAAAUCCUAAUGCGCCAACUCUACAUUCUUAGUUAAAAACAUGCCUUUAGUAACUUGAUUAUUUUGACAAUUCUUUAUUCAGGUUGAUUUAAUGGAAAAUUUUAUUUGCACAAUGUGAUUUGUGGCGUGUUUAAAAAAUAGGGUAAUUAUGUUUGAAAUGUAAGUUAAUUUUGAACAGACUGAUUCUGAAUAAACAUAAAAUCUAUAAGUAUCUAUCCACUCUUUUUUUGGAAAAAUUCAACUUUUGUCUUUAAUAUUAUAUUUUUAGACAAGCAGAGGUUUUAUAAGAUAUUAGAUGCUAAAGAACUAAAUAUGUGACGUUUCAUGCUAUUAUACAUCUACCGAUUUUAAAUACUUCUGUAUCCCUCUCCUGAGUGAUAUGAUCUUGUACACACUUUAUUAUAUCUAUAAUUAUAGAUCAUAAAUCCCAGGAUGUACCCAUGGCUUAGAAGAUCGAUAGAAAUAGAUGAUGCCAACUUUACUGUCCUUAACCAUUGCUAUCAAAUAAAAUCAAUAUCAAACUUUA